AUGCGUAAGGCCAGCUCCGUAAUGAAAAAGACCCUUAUACCCGGAGGGACGACAACGGCAGCCAAGCCAUCCUCGCCGGCACCAGCUCCCACCACCAGUAGUAACCGUUUCGCUGACACUCAACACGAUUCCAACCAGCAUCUACCUGAAGAAUCUUCUUCUAUCCACGACAGUGAGAAGCAUCGACUUGCUAAAAAGGUGCCAGCCUUACCAGACACUUCCGAUGGCGAUCAAUCUUCUCAGCAGGAAUCAGCCACUGAAUUGGGUGUCGACUUCCCUAUCCUCCCUUCUACAUCGACAUUUACGCUUGGUGGAAGAGAUGACCGAGGAGAGAAGCUGAAAAAGAAGGCCAAGAACUUUCUAGACGAACGACAAAAGACUAAAUCAAGAGCACAAAGCUUAUGGAGCUAUAUUGACGCGACGAACACAUUGGAUCAAGCACGAUUCUUCCAAGAAAACGCAGAGCAAAUCUUCCAUGUCGUCUAUGAAACAUGCAUGCAUCACAUUGAAAAGAUCAAACAGAAGAGCGAACGACCUCAAUCUUGGUCAUCCAAAGAGCUUGUCAGCCUUCAGAAGAAUUUGCUGCUUUUACGCAAGAUGUUCCUUUAUGUCCCAGAAUUAAUGCGAAAUGGAUGGCAGCGGAAGAAUAUCGCAAAGCUGCUAAAGCACAUCUUGGAUCAUGGCAACCACUUACGCUUACGUGCUCUUGGAUUUCAUUUGCUGUUGCUAUGGCUUAAUGAUCAAGUUGUGGAGUAUCCUGAAUGCAUGGAACUUUUCGCGAAUGCCAUUUCACUCGACCUUUUCAUUUUGGAUGACGUUCAACCCAUUUCAUCAACCACUUUCAACACUUCGAGCGAGAAUCCCAAUCCUCCAGAAGAGAUCUCAUCAUCUCGAUCGCAUGGAUUACACUUUGUUCGGAAGCUUGGAGAGAAGAAUUCUGAAAGAGCAUAUGGCCAAGGUCUUACGCGCGAUAGUCGCAUCAAGAUGUCACCAUUAAAGCUGUAUCAGACACUGAUUUUUGGUGAUGAUCAAGCGCCUUUAUACCCAAACCCUGUACAGCCAACGUACAAUGAUUCGAUCGUAUUGCUUCAUAUUUUCCUAUCCAAUCUCGUUCGCCUAGCUUAUGUCGCUGCUGGAUCACCUCCUCCUCCUGACGAUUAUGAAUACCCACCAGGCGACCAUUUUGAAGCAGAUGAUGGCAUUGCUACAGGCGUAGGCAUCGAUGCAGCCACAGCCAGCGCCAAGUUCCUAUUUCGCAUCUUUCGCACCUACUAUCUUACAAAGUUUACACCUCAAAUCGCCAAAGCUUUUCAAAUGGAAGGAAUUCCUUCAAAGGAUGAAGAUUUCGGGUUUCCCACAUGCCCUCCAAGUAUACUGCGUACUGUGCUUCGUUUCUUAAUUGGUUAUUGCCUCGACAACAACGAAAGGCAUCACACCACCCAUUGGCCAAAUAUGCCUACAGCAUCUGCUUCAUCACCAGCGACUCCGAUUCUGAAAUCUAUUGUUUUAUCAUCAUACGAGACUCGAGAAAUGCUACAUGAGAUGCUUCGACAGGCACUUCUUCUUCCAUGCACGAAUUCAUCCUAUCGAGACAUUACACGUGGAGCCAUCCAUAUAUUAGGCGUUUGGAUUUUGGGCAAUGAGGAUGAGCGACCUUCAUUCUUGCGACGCACCGGAAGUUGGACAGCAAUUCCUGGCAGCAUCACUCGUUCUAGUAGCCUUGCAUCAGUACCAACAGCAGCAAAAGCAGAUAAUGGAACGGUCUCAACAUCAUCAUCGAUCCAUGAUGAACAUGAUUAUAAGCAUGCUGAUGCAAACCGAUUCUUACGUCGCUAUUUCUUGAUGAUUCGUGUGGUCUUUGAAAAUCAUUGGAAGCGAGCCAUGGAUCAAGGUUUCGAUAUUCAGGGCGUGGAUUGGGAUGGUGUUGUCAGCCUUUACAAGGAUGCAAUCAAUGUCUAUCGUGCAAUUACAGUGACCCGUGGGGGCAUUGAUAUGGAAUGUGAAAGCUGGGAAUUGCUUUUACAAUGCUUGUUGGAUAUCCAAACAUGGUUCAUGAGUCCACCCGACAAAUGUGUUUGUAUUCCUGUACCACAUCUUGCAGAGGAUUUGGCAGACUAUAUAUGUGAGACAUUGCUGCAUGCAUUUUCCAGAGCAAACUUGUCAAAUAUGGAUUUGUGGAAAGAUUUGAGAGCACAAAUGGUUGCUACGAUGGCAUGGACAUCAACACUUGGCCAAUGGGUGAAAAUCAUGCAUAAAAUCACCAGGCUUUUGUCGGCUCGUUUAUACAAAGUUGAUUACGAAUGUCAACCUUUAGAACACGUUACAGACGACAGCAACCGUGCCAUACAGUAUCAUAGCAACUAUGGAAAUCGCCCUCGCUACAAAGUACGAUCACGGCAUUUGAGUAUUCAAGCUGAUUUACGAUCCAAUAAGCGUUCCACUGCAAGGCCAUUAUCUUCUGGAGGCAGCGAUGGGCAACUUUUUGACACUGUUGCGGCUCAAGAUAAGGUGUACACCACGGAUAACGCCACCAGCAGUAAAACAACAGAGCACCCUAAUGCUGAAUCAUCAGCUAGCAACGCCGUUAUGAUCAUGCGCAACCUUAGCAACCUAUCGCUUUCUGAAAAAGCCAGCUCAUCCAAAACUUCGGAUCGACGAUCGGCUCAUUUUGUGGAUAUUGAUGAGAAUCAAGGCAUGUCAUUCUCAGGUAUUGAUGAGGAAGCCAAUGGCGGCAGCAGCAGCAGCAGCAGCCAUGGUCGAUCGGGAGGGAACAAUAUCAAAUUUGGGAUCAAAAAUAUCAUUCCAGCACCAUCAUUCUCAUCCAGCACAGCUCCAGCUACAUCACCAACAGGACCACCUAUGAUUUCGACCACGCAAGCAAAUAGCGGUUCAUCAUCUAUUGGAUCAGGCUCCCAAAAAAGAGGCAAUAAUACUCGACGCACUGUAAGCAUUCAUCAAUUCGACACGUUAUGGCAGGAUUCAAGUAGCAAACUCCUGAAUUUUGUUCAUCAUGGUCAACAGCAGCAUGGUGAUCCUUCAGAAUCCAACCCACGCCCAACAACUCUGAGCGCAUAUGCCAAAGACGAGGAUGAUAGGAAAUCUCGCCAUGAUAUGGAUAGGAAGAGUAUAGCAAGCUCCAUCGACCGCCUUGCAGUUGAGGAUAGUGGCACAUUGUCGAGCAAGUCAAUUAGGUCUUCGAUAUCCACCAUAAUGCCUCAAGGAGAAAUGAUUGCUUUGACAACAAGCGUGGUUGCCGUUAAUGAAAAGCUUCCCAGUGCAUUGGGCAUUUUUCGAAGCAAUGAGUUCCUCAACCUUUCAAGCAUGGUUGCUGAUGGCAUGGCGAUUCUUGAAAUAUGGAAGAACAUGCUCUGUUCUAUCGGUAAUAUCAAUCAACUUGAGGAUCCACAAAACCACGCCGUUGCUAUGUCAUGCGUUGUCGAGAUUUGGGAUACGCUUUCUUGGGUACGAUCUCGGCAGCCUUUCCAAAAUGUCACUCGACCAGCGCUUUAUGAAAUGGCCCCUUGGUUUUUACAAGCUACAGAGCUAUCAGAGAAUUACGAUAUCGGACGUGCAGCGGCGUAUGGGUGCUUGUGUCGGCUAGUGUCACAGAGGCCUGAGGAAAAAGUAUCCAUCAACUACUAUGCUCACUUUUACAGAGCCAUUCUGAAGGGAUUAUCAUCAAAGGAUACGGCAAUUACUGAAUCUAUCAUGUGUAAUUCUGGUCGCAUAUUUUCACGUUCGCUUCCAGGAGUGUAUAUCCUUAUUCCACCUUUCAUUGACGGGAUCGAGAAUAUGUUGCUUGAGGAUGACACGGCCAAAGACGUGGAGGGAAAUGUUAGGCGUGCAUGUCUCACCAUUUUGGGAUCCCUUGUGCCCAUCUCCAAUCAUCUGACGGAUAUAAAAAUCAGCAUCGAGGAAACGAAUAUUGACUGGAUCAGUGGAUUCAAUGAGAGAGAUUUCGCGUUUGCGGAUAUCAAGAUAUGGCUGAAGAACUUGCUUUUACGACUUGUGAAUGCUGAUACCACCAAAGAAAAGCUCGAACGGGAUACGGAUGCGCAUUGUAUGCUUCUAGGUGCAAUUUGUAGCCUUACUCUUGAUGAGCUAUUGCAAUGUGACAUGCCCCAGCACGACUUGAUCUAUGAAAGCAUCCUCGCUAUGGUCAAUCAUCUAUAUUGGAGCAACAUUACGAUCGUCAAUAACGUGGUUGAUUGUCUCAAUACAAUGGCGCAGAUUUACACUGAAGAUAUUGAUCCUGAUGGGGUGAUCGUACAAGAAGUGUUGACCAGAAUCAUUGAUGCUCUCAACGUCCAUCUCAAGUAUUAUGAGCACAAUAGCAAGGAUGGCCGAGGUUUCAUCAUCUCCAAGCUUUUCAGUUGUUUGCUUGAAUGGCUUAUGGUUAUAGAGCCAAUGAUCCUUUCAGAGACCGAGUUGUGUCAGCUCGUGUUUGACGUGAUUGAGUAUGCCUUGCACACCUCUUCGGAAGGAGGACCAGAGAAGCUUUUGCCACAUCCACCACUCAUGCGUUCGGCUACAUCAAAAAAGAAGGAGCUCCCAUUCAAAUUCAAGCUCAUCACUGAAAAACGACCUGCUCUCCACCACGAAUACAUCAGCGUUAUUAGCGGAUCGGAUAUCUCGGCGAGUGAUCAGGGAUACGUCAAGGAAUCUGCUGAAGCAGUGCUCCUACAUCUUUUGCAUCAUUUCAACAACUUUGCGCCACCUUAUGGUCCUGCAACGAUCCACAGCACAAUCAUUGGCCCUGGUGUUGCCACAGACGACAAUAAGGAAGACAUGCCAAAGUACCAAUAUUUCUCUUUCAACGACACGACCAUUAUCGCCUUUGUGGAGCUACCUGAGACCGAGACACAUGGCCCAAAGGCUCGAAUGAUCAUUCGUGAUGUGACAGGGAGAUACGUUUGGGAUGCAGUAGCCAGCCCUUCUAAAGAAUUGGAAAUGUCCGAGUCGAGCAAGCACAAGCCUGAUUCACCCAGCGGAGGAAAGACCAGUGAUAUCAAAGAAGAGGGCUUCAGCCUGAGACCCGGUGUGGAGGUGCAAAACACAAUAACUGAAUCUGUGGAUCGAUCGAGUCGACAAAUGUUGCCGGAUAAACUACAUGAGCUCUUACACAAGAUUGGUGAGCAGAAUCCCGAUUGCGCUACCGAUCUCAAUAGUCCAAUACCUCUUUCACAACUUCAAAAUGACAUGGUUGGUCGUUUCGAUGAACAAUUGAGUGAUUUCCUCGAAGAAGAAGUCGACAAUAACGAAAAACAAGAAUCAGAUGUUGGUCUUUGGUAUUCCAAGAUGAACAUUUUACGACGCAAUGAUGCCACCGAUCGCAGCGAUUCACUCCAUACGCAUCUCAUAGCCAACUUUUCGAUUCGAAAGGAUCUCCUACCAGCAUUUCCACAUGAAGCAGAGAAAUCACAUGUUCCCUUUCAACAAAGCCGACUUUUGCUCAGCCAUCUUGGAUUUAUCAACUAUGAGCACCUCAAAGACAAGACAUUCCAGAUGCUUAACAAGACACCAGCUUUGUUUCGAGAUUUGAGAUUGUUGGAUAGGAAGCAAGGCCGAGAAACGAUGAAAAUUGCGGUGAUUUACGUUGGCCCAGGUCAAGAGGACGAGCAGAGCAUUUUGCAUAACAACCAUGGCAGCACCAUGUACAACGCAUUUGUCAAUAGCCUUGGCUGGGAAAUCGAUAUCGCUACUCACACUGGAUACCUUGGUGGUCUUGAGCGCAACCUGACGAAUGGCACACGCACCAAUUACUAUUGCUCUUCGACCUUGGAGAUGAUUUUCCACGAUGUCACUAAAAUGCCAACAGAGGCGGAUGAUCCGAAACAACUCAAGAAGAAACGACAUGUGGGCAACGACCACGUUCAUAUCGUAUGGAACGAACACGAUCGAGAUUAUCGGAUUGGCACUAUUGGUGGUGAUUUUGGUAACGCGCAGAUUGUGGUGAAUCCUUUAACCAACGGCUUAUUUGCCAUACGCGUUUAUCGAGAUGAGAAGAUUCCUUAUUUCGGUCCUCUUUUCGAUCGCAUGGUUGUGUCGCAGGCGACGCUAGGCCCGCUUGUACGAGCAACGGCUAUCAAUGCAUUCCGAGCAUCCAUUCAUACCAACUACUAUUCCUUUUACAAAACCGUAUUCGCCCAGCGAGCCAACGAUGUCAAGACGAUUGCUAAUCGGCAUAAGGGUGCAACAUGGAGCUACGAGCAAUUUAUGGAGAAGAUCUUCAUGCCAUACGACGAAUAG